UGGCCAGGGUCACCACGAAAAAUACAAGGCCGCGGUUUUUCAUUUUGUCUUCUUCAAAAGUUUACUUUGAAAUGGCAGCUAAGAGAAGUGCAUCUGAAGAGGAGACCUCUACCACCAAAACAGUUGCUACCGUUAAGGCUAGCAGACCUCCAUCCAGUGGCCACCCUUCCACAAUUAACAUGGUGGUUGAGGCCUUGAAAGAGAUGAAUAUCAAGAAAGGGGUCUCUGUGGUGGCUAUUCGUGGAUACAUCCUUGCCAAGUAUCCCUCUGUGCUGCCAGCAAGGCUGAAGCCCCUGUUGAAGAAUGCCCUUCUGAAAGGUUUAGGGAGUGGCAUUUUGAUCAGACCUAAAAAUUCUACGGCUAUUGGUGCCACUGGCAGCUUCAAGCUUGGAGGUAAAGAGAAGAAACGUGUCCUCAAUGGGGCCAAAUCAAAAGAAAAUGUUGACCCAAAUGAGAAGGAAAAUGCUACUCGAAAGGCUCCUGCCAAGAAACCAAAGUCUGGAAACAAGCUGAAGUCUGCGGAUACUAAAAAGGCCAAAGUGAAAUCUGAGGUAGCCGAGGAAAAUCAGGCUGAGAACCCUGAGAAGGCAGUUAAGGCUAAACCAAAAAAGACUAAAGACCCAGCAAAAGCCGCAUCGGAGCAGGAACUGGACCAGAAAGCAAAGCCAAAAGUCAAGAAGCAGAAUUCAGCUGAGGCCCCAACAGUCCGGGCACCAAAAAAGUCCCAGAACAAGACCAAGGCUGAACCAAAGGGCAGUGAGGAGGAGGGCAAGGAGAAUGCUGACAAGCCGAAUGCAGAGAAUGCUGACAAGCCGAAUGCAAAGACUGCUGGCAAACGUAGCAAAAAACCAAAAGAGCAGUAGUGUGGGUGGGGCACUGACUGUUUUAACUUAUGUAAA